UGUGGGAGCUCAUACUCUGACUCCACUCGUUUCCUCUGCUUUUUCCUCUCUCUCUGCUCUGCUCUGCAUUUUGCUUUCUCUUUCUCUCUCUGUGUUUUUUUUUUUUUUCUUUUCUCUCUCUGGUUCUUCCACAUUUUACAAGCAUAGAGAAGAGAAAAAGUGGGUUUUACGGGAAUGGCGGAUUCUCGGAGAUGUGUUUGGACUUUCAUGGUGGUUCUCGUCAUGUUCUGCUUCGUGGGCGCACUUGCCAGAGUACGGUUGGACGAGAUCUCUCUAACCAGGGAGGAAGGUGGAGAAACUGGGCAGUUGCAGAGCUCAAGGAACUCAUCAAUGGCGGACAGGCUCGCACAUUUCGCUGAGGGGCUGAACGACAAUGCAGUUCAAGACCCAGAAGAAGUCGUCUCCUUGGUUGAGAUGAGCAUCCGCAACAGCACUGAAAGGAGAAAGCUUGGUUUUUUCUCAUGUGGAACUGGCAAUCCCAUUGAUGAUUGCUGGCGCUGCGAUCCCGACUGGCAGAAAAACCGCAAGCGUCUUGCAGACUGUGGCAUUGGUUUUGGUAGAAAUGCCAUCGGUGGUCGUGAUGGUCGAUUCUAUGUUGUCACCGACCCCGGUGAUGAUGACCCUGUUAACCCAAAACCUGGUACUCUGCGUCAUGCUGUCAUCCAGGACAAGCCUCUGUGGAUUGUGUUCAAGAGGGACAUGGUGAUACAGUUGAAGCAGGAGCUUAUCAUGAACAGCUUCAAAACAAUUGAUGGUCGUGGGGUCAAUGUCCACAUUGCUAAUGGAGCUUGCAUCACAAUUCAGUUCGUGACUAAUAUCAUUAUACACGGUCUUCACAUCCAUGACUGCAAGCCCACUGGUAAUGCCAUGGUGAGGAGCUCACCAUCUCAUUUUGGAUGGAGAACGAUGGCUGAUGGUGAUGCCAUCUCCAUCUUUGGGUCAAGCCACAUAUGGGUUGAUCACAACUCCCUCUCUAACUGUGCUGAUGGCCUCGUUGACGCUGUCCUUGGCUCGACCGCCAUUACCAUUUCCAACAACCACUUCACCCACCACAAUGAGGUGAUACUUUUGGGCCAUAGUGACUCUUAUACAAGAGACAAGCAAAUGCAAGUCACCAUUGCGUACAACCAUUUUGGAGAGGGACUCAUCCAGAGAAUGCCAAGGUGUAGGCACGGGUAUUUCCAUGUGGUGAACAAUGACUACACUCACUGGGAAAUGUAUGCCAUUGGUGGAAGUGCAAAUCCUACCAUUAACAGCCAGGGCAACAGAUAUUCGGCUCCAACCAACCCCUUUGCAAAGGAGGUGACAAAAAGGGUGGAAACAGCUGCAAGUCAGUGGAAGAGUUGGAAUUGGAGGUCAGAGGGAGAUCUGCUGCUGAAUGGUGCCUACUUCACUCCAUCUGGUGCUGGUGCAUCAGCAAGUUAUGCAAGGGCCUCAAGUUUAGGAGCCAAGUCCUCUGCUAUGGUCGGUACCAUGACUUCCGGUGCUGGUGUACUUGGUUGCCGCAGAGGCCAUCAAUGCUAGUAGCAGUAGUAAAUCUCAGCACCAUUCAAAGGGCCACAAAAAGAGAAAAGGGCCAUUUUAUCUUUCCAGUUUGAUUUUUACUUUCUUUUUCAUUUUUACAAUUAUAUAGCAUUACCCAAUUUAUCCAUAUUGCCAUCAAAAUUGUACUGGUCUUCCCUUGCCCCUAUCUUUCUGUUUCACAUAUUUUGACAAGUGUACAUUAUUUUACACAUUGUCAUAAUAUUGUGUUUGUCUCUAUCUGCGUUACCCACCCAACCUCCGCCUGCUUCAACUGAAAAAUAUAAUUCCAUUUUUACAAGCUGGUGCGGAAGCGUUGUUCAUUUCUUGUUUUAUCUUUUUUCCCUCCCAAUUUUACCCAAUUCCUAACCCACCAUUUGUGAGUCUUAUCUCCUCUGCAAGUGUCAAUCUGAGUCUCUCCUACAUACCGUCCUGUUAUUCUGGCUUUCAUAGGAUUUGAUUGAAUUUGUGAUUUUUUUUUUUUUUUUUUUUGGUUCCUUUGGAUUUGUGUAGCCAUACAAGCAAUAGUAUGAAUGUCAAACUUUGAGUUAUGAGAAAAGUUGUUACAGAUGAUGCAUAGCAAUAGCAGUGAUGUAUUUUCUUUUUUUUCCCCUUUCUUUCUUUUGGCUUUUUUUGACUUUAUUUCUAUGGCAAUGGAAGCAAACUUUUUACUUUU